UCGUGUUCAGAAAUCCCAUUAACUUCUCUGUCAGAAACUCAUCUUCUCCACGACAGCUCAGGCUGUAGAGUAGAACGGCGACAAAAUGGCGUGGUUGUGAAAUUCGGUAGACGAGUAACUGUAGCUGAGCGCGAUGCUCUCGAGUAUGCCCGAACGUUGCAAAUACCAGUCCCGCAUCUUCAAGAUCAACAGAUCCAGAGCGCACAGCACGAUCAAACCGAAAGCAUUUGGAUGGAUUACAUCGAUGGGGAUAACCUUGAGGACGUCUGGCCAACCAUGUCUCCGGCUCAGAAGAAAGACAUUGCCAAUCAGCUUGGACAGAUUCUCUCUUCAAUGAGGUGCCGUCAAUCAGAGACUGGCAUGAUCGGGUCUUGCAAUGGCGGAGUUGUCCGCGACUGCCGUCAACUCGACGUCUACACUGGCGGCCCGUUUCCGGAUGAGACCAGCUUUAACAAAUUUAUUCUUGAUCUAUUCAACGCUACUCCAACAGAUAUCCGCAACGCUCUUGCACAUCAUUUACGCUCAGAUCAUCGCAUAGUCUUUACUCAUGGCGACUUGACACAGCAUAACAUCAUCGUUAAAGAUAACCAGAUCCGAGCUCUACUUGAUUGGGAAUUUGCGGGCUGGUAUCCUGAAUACUGGGAAUAUGUUAAAUUCCUGGACCGUCAUGCCAAACAUAGGGACUGGAAAGAUUAUGCGCAAUAUAUAUUUCCAGAGCAAUACCACGAAGAGCUAAUCGUUUACCAGGCCCUUAGGCGCUGGCAAUUGCAAUGA